CGAGAUUUCGACUCCAACUGUCAUGCUGCUUGAGUUCUCACAGCAGCCUGCCCCAAUUCCGGUUCCGCCGCAUUUACUCGUCGCGUCCUCGUCGCCCACGACCCCUCCGGGCCCGAGAAGUGCGCUGUAUUGCCAUUGCAACGUCAACUGCGUCUGCGAAUCUACCGAUCGACUGGCACAUCGUUCCACCCCGAGACGAACUCCCUGGCCGGGUCAUCGGCCGACGGGGCUGGAUCCUGAACCACCGCACCUGCUCUUCGUUCCUUGACACCACGCUUCGCAAAAGCGCAUUGCUAUCCAGCAUCUCGAUCGCCUUUUCUUGAAUCCCACGAUGCUACGCCACACAGACUGAAUCGCACAAUGGAGUCCCCAAGACCGAAUAGCCCAGGUUUCGCAGCGCCGCGCCGCGUAUUCACGGCGCCAGUCCCGCCCUCAGCCCCGCAGUCCGCCGCAGACUCGCAAGCUGCUGGGGGCUUGGUCGACACCCUCUACCACCAUCCGAACGUCAAAAUCGUCUCCUUUACAGCAGCAGCUCGUUCCUUGUCCGUCGGCCCGCGAUCAGCCGCUGCGCCAGACAUUGAGCCGGGAUCGCUUCCCUGGUCCACCCAGCUGGAGCGGACCAUCGCAGUCGGUCCUUUCAGGAUUUAUCGCGCCCCAGGAUCGGUAGCCUUCCUCAGCUGCGGCUCUGCCCUGCAACCGAUAAUGCCGAAAAGCCAGGCUUGGUGCGUUGACGAGGAAUCCAGCAAGUUUGUCCUGCAAAUACGGCGGCCGCAAUACUGGCGCAUCGAGGUGCCUGUGGCGGAAGAAGAGGAUCUGCAUCGCGCCCAGCAGCUACGCAACGUCUUUGACGCGAUUUUGCUGUUCGAGAAAACCGCAUGUCCCUUCAAACGGUCUUUCACUGUUGAGCUCCCUGAGCGACCACAAACCCCGGUCCGGAAACGGCCCUGGACUCCCGUGCGACGGUCCAGCACCUCCUUGCCGCUGACGCCCGUCACCCCCGUCGAGAUCGCUCGUCUGCACGAGGGGACGCCCAGGGGUUCAAUAUGCUUGGGCGACCUGAGAACCGUGGGGGAAGCCAGGAGGGCCUUGAGCGAGCAUGCGAGAAGGCUGGAGCCGCCUGCCGAAGAGCCAACGUCGAAGGGCAACUCCCAGCUUCGCACUGGAUUACACGACGACGAGACGCCGAGUGCUUCACCAGUCAAGAGUCCCUGUGCUCGCGGACCAAUGGCUCCUCCACAUGUUCCGGUGAUCGCCGCCCCCAAUCCAAAAUCCAGGGAAGCCGGCGUCAACGUGCCAGCCGAAGCUCCCAGGUUCAAACCUCCAACCGAAUCAGCCGAGUCCUUGCAGAAUCCGGAAACAUGGGUAUCCGCGUCUCUACCACCAUCGCCGCCCUUGUCAGCUCCUGGGUCGCCUCGGAGUGCUUCUCCCGCACCCCGGCCGCAAGCUCAGUUGACGACAACCGCUUCUUCAGACAAACCCGUUACCUCCGAAGUGUCUCAAACCUGUAGUGCCGCCACAUCCGGGUCCCUCCGGGAGGCCGAAUACAGCGUGGCAACAGCUUCCUCACCCAUCCACGACCUUGAAUUGUCCUCACCACGCGGUCCGUUACCGACACAAAACCAGUUCAUCUCCGCCUCCACACCGGCAGAGGAGGAACCGGUAACGCUUUCCAAAUCUCCCUCGUCCAACCCGCCCCCCUCCUCCUCAUCAGCGCCACCAGCCUCACCUUCUCCGCGCGCUCGUCGCCCUCCAAUCCGCCGCGCCACCACAUCCAGCAGCAUCUCCCCAUCCCGCCGCACCCUCUCCCCGCUGCCCCCCGCCGCAGAUCUCCUUACCCCUCGCCGCGCCUCCGCAACGGCGGGCAGGGCCAGCGCGGACUCGGGGACCAGCACGAACACAACAGCCACGGCCCGAACAACCGGCACCCUAGCCGCCGUCCGCCGCCUGCCCAUGACCGUCAUCCACAAGACGUGCGAGAUCCUCAUGUCGCCGCCUUCCCACCUCAUCAGCCUCAUGCUGAACGUGGCGGCGCGCAUUGCCGCCGGCGAGUGGCGGGGCCUGGUGUUUGGGAUGGGCGAAGCCGGGGAGCGGGUCAGUGUUACGUGGGAUUGGAGCGAUGACGAGUUUGCGGGGCAGCAGGGCAGGUAUGUCGGGAGACGCGGGGCUGCGCUUGGGGCCGGGAGGGGGUGGGCGACGGGGUUCGAUGACGGGGAUGUGGACUGGUGGGCCAGAGGGAGAGGAAGGAGGCGCCGGAUAAAGAUGGUCGGCGCCUUCCCCGAGAGUGGUGACGAGGAAGAGGAUGAGCAGGAGGAGAUUGGGCCGCUGGAUGUUCCACGAUCAGCUCGGUCGAAAUCGCCGUCUUCCCCGCCACCGGCUGGGGAGGAGAAGCAAGCGGCUGUGGAGAGCAGCGCGCCAACGCCCGCCGACGACGACGCAGAGACCCACAACGGCCAAGAUCCAACUCCGCAAAGGGACGCGGACACAGAUUGGGGCGUCGACUAGCUGCCUGCGCCCCGUCUCCGGAACCGUGUCCAGAACUAUCCCCUACCUCACCAGACCCGUCACGCCUCACAGCCCUCUCGACCACCUCUCGACCGACCGCUCCCGGCGUCGCCUGCGAGACCGCGGCCGAGCCUCCUGUGGUUCUUCCUCGGCGCAUACCGUUAGUCGCCACGGCGACGGGACAUGUUGCCUGAUCCGUCCGGCACCAUCUCGGCCCCUAGGCCGCCGGACGGGAUACAGAAGCGAGCCCUGUGAGGCCUGCUGGGUGUGUAUGAUUAUGACGCUGUAUGACUUG